UAUAGCUGACUGAAAGGGCUGAGUUGGUACCUCCCUCUGCUCUCCUUGGAUAUUUGGUACGUUCCUCCUCUGAGCGCCAGAAGAGAGAGGCGAGCGAAGCCGGCGGCUCCAGUGCGGGCGUCGCUUUCCGUUGCCUUGCAGGGUGGGAGCCGAGCUUUCGUUGUCCAGCGGGAAUUGUUCUUCCAGCCGAGCGGCGACCGACGGUUAUGGAGUACUCGGUGCAAGAAGUAUGGAAGGCGCGGACCUUGCAGGAGCUGAUCGAGAUCCUGCAUCACUUGUUUGCGGGCGAUAAAGUCAAUGUGGCAGAAGUGCAGACUUUAUUGGAAUCUUACGAGAGCAACCCAGAGGAGUGGGGCAAAUAUGCCCAGUUUGACCAAUUCAGAUAUACAAGAAAUCUUGUAGAUAAAGGAAAUGGAAAAUUCAACCUGAUUAUCUUAUGCUGGGGAGAAGGUCACGGCAGGUUUGUAAUUUUCAAAAGACUAUGGAUGCAAUUUUACAAUGUGUUACAACUGUGCCAACCUGAAUGCAUUCUGAAGACAGCAUUGUUUGUAUCAUAACUUAGCAAUAGAUGG